AUGUCCCGGAGAGGGGACGGCGUCUACAUCCCCGAUGACUCCGAUUUCCGCUCGUUCCAGGAGCAGUGUGAGAGCCCCGACGGCUGGCAAAGCCAGUUCAGCCAGGGAGGGGUGACGGUGUGGAGCCAGAGCCCCCAGGACGAGACAUGCACCGUACAGAAGAUCAAGAUGAGGAUCUCGUGCCGGGACGUGGCGGCCGAGACCCUGUACGACAUGCUACACGAUAUCCACUAUCGCCCUAAGUGGGAUUCGCACAUGAUCGACACGUUCGACAUUGGACGGCUGACGGCCAACGCCGACGUGGGCUACUACUCCUGGCGCUGCCCCAGCCCGCUGAAGAACAGAGACUUCGUGACUCUCCGGUCCUGGCUGCCCUUAGGACAAGACUAUAUCAUCGUCAACUACAGCGUGAAACACCCGAAACACCCCCCGCGAAAGGACUUCGUGCGGGCGGUGUCCCUGCAGACCGGCUACCUGGUCAAGGCCAGCGGGGGUGGGGGCUGCGUCCUCUACUACCUCAGCCAGGUGGACCCCCGAGGGUCGUUGCCCAAGUGGGUGGUCAACAAAGUGUCCCAGCUAAUGGCCCCAAAGGCCCUGAAAAAGAUCUACAAGGCGGGCCUGAAGUAUCCCGAGUGGAAACGGAAGCACAGCCCAGGCUACAAGCCCUGGCUUUUCCCGGAGCAGAGCACCCUGCCCACCUUGAGCCUCGCCGAGCUGGCUCUGCAGCACGCAGACUCCCUGGAGGCCAUCGACGAGAGUGGCGUUGCCGAAGAGCGGGAGCAGACAAGUGGAGGAGCCGGGAUUAGAACCGAGGUCCUUCGGACUCCCAGGUCCGUGCUCUAUCCAUUAGGCAUUGGGCCCUGCUGGACAAGGGGUGGAGACCUGCUUUUGUCUCCUUCCUGAAGACCCUGGAUGGAGUUGGGAAGGCAAGGCGGGGGGAAGGGGGCAGGACCAUCAAUCUGGAGAGGAGACAAGAAGAACCUUUCCUGCCAGAGGAUUCGGGCACUUGAUCAAUCAAUCAAUAAUAUUUAUCGAGCUCUGUACUAAGCACUUGGGAGAGUCCAAUUAAAUAGAGUAGGUAGACACAAUUCCCUGCCUAGUAGAAUCCUUACCGUUGGGUUUAAAGCAAUCUAUCAAUC